AUGAAUACAUACUUAUCACAGUCAAUAGAUUCUACUGAUCUGACAAAUGCUCGACAAACUUUAAUAGACAAAUCACAAUCGACUGAGACUUUAUCGCGUUCAAAAUCAUCUUCCAACGAAAAAAAUCAGUUCACUGAUGACCAUCGUCCGACGGGAUCAUCAUCCGACUCUGAUACAUCAAUAAUGAAUACGAAAUCAAAAUUUAAAAUUAAACAACGAUGCGUUCUUUCAUUAUCUAGUGAUGAUAACGACAAUAAUAAUGAAAUGGUAUAUUUAAAUGUAAAAACAAAAUAUGCUAUUGAAGAUGAACACCAACGUCGAAAACGUUUAGCUAAAAUACAAAAAUUACACAAUAAUAUUCUACUUAGACAAUCAUCUUUUAUACCAAAUAGUAAAAUUUAUAAUUCAGAAAAGUCAAAUCUUCGUUUAAUACUCGAAUUCGAUAAAAAAACAAAUAAAUCUAUUAUUGAAGUUUCACCAAAAUUAGUUGCACAUCUAAAAAAACAUCAAUAUGAUGGAAUAAAAUUUCUAUGGAAUAAUGUCUAUGAAUCAAUUUAUGCAAUAAAAACUAAACAACAAAAUACAAAUGGUUGUAUUUUAGCUCAUUCUCUAAAUUGGUCAAAUGAAUUUAACUUUUGGUUAAAAGAUAUUGAACCAUCGAUUAAUCAUUAUCAAUUAACAACAGUUCAGCCUGAUUUACGUGUUGAGUAUCUAAAUAAGUGGUAUGAAAAUGGUGGAGUUCUUAUUAUGGGUUAUCAGAUGUAUGUGCGAUUAGUAAAAGGUGUUGGAAUCGAAAAUAAAAAAAUUCAAAAUGAUGCAUAUCAUUGUCUUUUUAAUCCAGGACCGGAUAUUGUUGUUGCUGAUGAAGGUCAUAUUUUAAAAAAUGCUCAAACAUCUAUUGCAAAUUGUUUAUCAGAGAUCAAAACAUCUCGUCGUAUUGUUUUAACUGGAACACCAUUACAAAAUAAUCUUCUUGAAUAUUAUUGUAUGGUAUCAUUUAUUAAACCAAAUUUACUUGGUGAUCAAGCUGAAUAUAUAAAUCGUUUCGUUAAUCCAAUUGAAAAUGGUCAAUAUAGUAGUUCAAAUGAGCAAGAUGUUUAUUUAAUGAAAAAACGUGCUUAUGUUUUGCAUGAUCUUUUAACUGGUUUCGUUGAUCGAAAAGAUCACUUAUUACUGAAAGAAUAUUUACCACCGAAAUUUGAAUAUAUCAUUAAUAUACGAUUAAGUAAUUUACAAUCAACAUUAUAUUAUCUAUACUUACAAGUAAAAGUUCCUCAAAAACAACGUUCACCUGUAUUAAAGAACGAUUUUAAAUCAGCAAAAUUAUUUGCUGAUUAUCAAUAUUUGCAAAAAAUAUGGACACAUCCAUUUUUACUCUAUCCAUAUUUUAUUAACCGCUGGAAAAAAGGACUCAAGGAUAAUAAUGAUUGUUUAACUAAUGACAAUGAAUUAGAAGAUAUGUUUAUUGAUGAUAAUGAACUAGAAACUGUUUUUAGUGAUGAUGAAGAAAAUAAGGAAGUGGAUGAAUAUAAAUUCCUGAUAUCAGAAACAAGAAAACAUAGAACUUCCACUUCGUCGUCAGAAACAAUUAAUUCUGAUUCAACAUCAAAUGAUACUGAUGAAUAUAUUGAUAUAGGUAACGAUUAUUCAAUGCAAAACCGAUCAUCAUCAACAACUGUUGAUUCAAGCAAAACUAAUAUAGAAAAUAAUAAAAAUUCUCCAGAAGGAAUAACUUAUAAUGAUACUGAAAAAGAAAAUUCUAUUAAACCAUGGUUAUAUGAAAUGCGCAAGCAAUUUUGGUUUCGUUACUUAGAUAGUUUACCCAAUCAAAGUGAAUUUGAUAUAGAAUUAGGUGGAAAAAUUAUAUUAUUAAAAUCAAUUAUUGAUAAAUGCGCUGAAAUCGGCGAUAAACUUCUUGUAUUUUCACGUAGUUUAUAUUCAUUGGAUUAUAUUGAAAAGUUUCUAAAGCAUUUACACAUUCAAAAUGAAAAACAAUAUCAAACUCUUUUAUCAGAAAAAAAUAAUCGCAGCAUACCUACACCAGUACAAUGGAUUUCUGAAAAAGACUAUUUCAGAAUCGAUGGUAAAACAAAAAUUAUAUUAAGAAAAAGUUAUAUAGAAACAUUUAAUGAUCCAUCGAAUUCACGUGUUCGAUUAUUUCUUAUAUCAACAGCAGCUGGUGGUAUUGGAAUUAAUUUAACUGCUAGUAAUCGAAUUAUUGUUUUCGAUGCAAGUUGGAAUCCAUGUAACGAUGCUCAAGCAUUAUUUCGUUCAUAUCGUUUCGGUCAGAAGAAACCAGUUUAUGUCUAUCGAUUUGUAUCUCACGGUACAAUGGAAGAAAAGAUUUAUCAACGACAAGUUGUUAAACAAUCACUUUCAAAACGUGUGAUUGAUGGUCAUCAAAUAGAUCGACAUUUUACUUGGGAGGAUAUAAAAGAAUUAUAUGAUUUUCAAUUAGAAGAAUUACCAGAAGCGACUCAAUCGACAUUAACAUAUUCAACAGAGUCAAAUACUGAUCUAAAUCCUCCAGAGCCGGAGGAUCGUCUUUUAUUUGACCUUUUAAAUGAACAUAGACGUUGGAUAUAUUCAUAUCAUUCUCAUGAUUCUUUAUUAGAAAAUAAGAUUGAUGAGAAUCUUAGUCCUGAAGAACGACGUCAAGCUCUUGAAGAAUAUGAAAUUUUAAAACGUUUACCCAUUCUACGUCAAUCAUCUUCUCAACGUCUUCCACCACAACAAUCAAAUUCUCUUGUUGCAAAUAAUACAGUAAUUCACAACAUUUCAGUUCGUGCUAAAUGGGAACAAAAUGGAGUGACCAUCGUCGGAGAUGCUAGAGAACGUAACGACAUCGAUCAAAUCUAUUGGCCUGUAGACUUAUUUGUUCAUGAUGAUGGAACGAUAAUCUUUACUGAUUGGGCUAAUGAGCGUGUUGUUCGUUGCAACAUUAGUAGUAAGAAUACAGAAGUUAUAGCCGGUGGCAAUUGUACAGGGAGUCGAUUGAAUCAAUUAAGUGGUCCUACCAAUGUUUUAAUGGAUAAAACUACAAAUAGUCUCAUUAUUUGUGAUCGAGGGAAUCGACGAGUGAUACGACAAUCUUGUCAUCACGGUAUUACUAAAACAGAAAUUCUUGUCAAUGAUGUCGCUUGUCGAGGAUUGGCUAUGGAUGAUCAGGGAUUACUUUACGUUGCUGACUACAGAAAACAUGUAGUAAAACGAUAUCGAAUAGGAGAUCAAAAUGGGACCAUCGUUGCAGGUGGCAACGGCAAAGGCAGUGGUCUACAUCAACUAAACAAACCAAGAUAUCUUUUUAUUGAUAAACAGCAAUCUAUUUAUGUGUCAGAUAGUGGCAAUCACCGCGUGGUAAAAUGGAGAAAAUAUGCGAAAAAAGGAAUUACUGUUGCUGGUGGUCGUGGCAAAGGAAAUUCUUUGAGACAAUUAUCGUUUCCUUAUGGACUGUUCGUUGAUGCAUUGGGUACCGUCUAUGUAGCAGACUCGAAAAAUGAUCGAGUGAUGCGUUGGUCUAAAGGCGCAAAAUACGGUACUAUCGUUGUGGGUGGAAACGGGAGAGGCGCAGAGGCAAAUCAAUUUUACUGUCCCAGGAGUUUGUCCUUCGAUCGAUAUGGCAAUCUUUAUGUGGUUGAUUAUUGGAAUCAGCGAAUUCAACGUUUCGCUAUCGAUGAUUGUAGGAUGUGGCUAUGUAAGAUUUUAGGAACAAAUUAUGUACACAAUUGA